UGGCACCCAGAUUAGCUUCACAAAAAGCUAGGCAGACAGGUCAAGGAUAUACACAUAUAUAGGUGAUCUGAUCUUGAGCACUAAUCCUGACUGCUGAUGGCCACCAAGGCUGAAGAAGUCGGGCAUAGAGUUUGUGUUACAGGAGCAGGAGGCUUCGUUGGUUCCUGGGUAGUGAAGGAGCUUCUGCUCCGUGGCUAUGUUGUCAGAGCAACUGCAAGAGACCCCUCUCCUCAAAAGUACCCCCAUUUGCAAACACUUGAAGGAGCAGAAGAUAGGCUAUCUCUAUGCUACGCCAACAUCAUGGACUACAAUAGUCUCCGAGUUGCAUUUGAUGGAUGUCAAGGGGUCUUCCAUGUUGCUUCACCUGUAUCCAACGAUCCACAACUUGUAAGUGUUGCUGUUGAGGGAAGCAAGAAUGUGAUCAACGCGGCAGCAGACUUGGGCGUACGUCGUGUGGUAUUCACCUCCUCCUACGGUGCUGUACACAUGGACCCAAACAGAAGCCCCGAUACAGUCAUGGACGAGACCUGCUGGAGCGACCUUGACUUCUGCAAGCGAAAAAGGGACUGGUACUCCUACGGCAAAGUGGUGGCAGAGAAGACAGCGGUGGAGCAAGCAUCAAGGAGAGGGAUACGGCUGCUGUCCGUGGUUCCCCCGGUAACGGCGGGGCGGAUGCUGCAGCCGACCACGAACGUGAGCUCCCACCACUUCCUCCAUUACCUCAACGGCGCCAAGAAGGACUACCCGAACGCCGUCGCGGCGUACGUCGACGUGCGCGACGUGGCGCGCGCGCACGCGCUGGUGUACGAGGAUCCGGGGGCUCGUGGCCGCUACCUCUGCGUCGGUGCUGUGCUUCACCGGUCGGAGCUUCUCAGGUUGCUCCGGGAACUCUUCCCACACUACCCAAUCCCCACCAAGUGUGAAGACAGCAGCGAGCCGAUGAUCAAACCUUACAAGUUCUCAAACCAAAAGCUGACGGACCUGGGCCUCGAGUUCACUCCCAUAAGAGAGAGUCUCUUCAAUAUGGUCUUGAGUUUACAGGAGAAGGGGGACCUACCUGCCAUGGUACCCCGUUCUUCCCUUUAGAAACUACUAUCUUCGUCAUAUAAUAACUGCAGCCAUGUAAUUUACGUUUAAAUUACAGAGCUGUAUCUUUUAUGAAAUUAUGUUGGUUUUAUUGCAACUUUGCUGUACCAUUCAAUUGGGUUGGAUGAAUCUAAAUAUAAUAAGAUCAGUGCUAUACAGGUGGCACGCUAAUUAAAUACAUAAAUAUGUAAUA